AAAUUCCCUUUCCACAGCAUAUUUCUUCCUCUUUCUGUUAACCUGGCAUAGGGGAGCAGCUGCUGUGUACUAAUCGCCAAACCUUGAAACUUAAGCAAACAUGGGAAAGGAAAAGGUCCACAUUAACAUCGUGGUUAUCGGCCACGUCGACUCCGGAAAGUCCACCACCACCGGUCAUCUCAUCUACAAAUGCGGUGGCAUCGACAAGAGAACCAUCGAAAAGUUCGAGAAGGAAGCUGCCGAGAUGGGCAAGGGCUCCUUCAAGUACGCCUGGGUGCUGGACAAACUGAAGGCUGAGCGUGAGCGUGGUAUCACCAUUGACAUUGCCCUCUGGAAGUUUGAGACCAGCAAGUUCUACAUCACCAUCAUUGAUGCCCCUGGACACAGAGAUUUCAUCAAGAACAUGAUCACUGGUACUUCACAGGCUGAUUGUGCUGUGUUGAUUGUGGCUGGUGGUGUCGGUGAGUUUGAGGCUGGUAUCUCCAAGAACGGACAAACCCGUGAACACGCCCUCCUGGCCUUCACCCUGGGAGUGAAGCAGCUUAUCGUUGGAGUCAACAAGAUGGACUCCACCGAGCCCCCAUACAGCCAGACUCGCUUUGAGGAAAUCACCAAGGAAGUCAGCGCCUACAUCAAGAAGAUUGGUUACAACCCUGCCACUGUUGCUUUUGUGCCAAUUUCUGGAUGGCAUGGGGACAACAUGCUGGAGCCCAGCAGCAAUAUGGGCUGGUUCAAGGGAUGGAAGAUUGAGCGUAAAGACGGUAAUGCUAGCGGUAUUACUCUUCUGGAGGCUCUGGAUGCCAUCCUGCCACCCUCUCGCCCCACUGACAAGCCCCUCCGGCUGCCCCUGCAGGACGUCUACAAGAUUGGAGGUAUUGGAACUGUGCCCGUGGGUCGUGUGGAGACUGGUGUGCUGAAACCUGGCAUGAUUGUUACCUUUGCCCCUGUCAACGUGACCACUGAAGUCAAGUCUGUUGAGAUGCAUCACGAGUCUCUCCCUGAGGCUACUCCUGGUGACAACGUUGGUUUCAACGUCAAGAACGUGUCUGUGAAGGACAUCCGUCGUGGUAACGUGGCUGGAGACAGCAAAAACGACCCACCAAUGGAGGCUGGCAGUUUCACUGCUCAGGUCAUCAUCCUGAACCACCCUGGCCAGAUCUCUCAGGGUUAUGCCCCUGUGCUGGACUGUCACACUGCCCACAUUGCCUGCAAGUUUGCUGAGCUGAAGGAGAAGAUUGACCGUCGUUCUGGCAAGAAACUUGAGGACAACCCCAAGAACCUGAAGUCUGGUGAUGCUGCCAUUGUUGAGAUGAUUCCUGGCAAGCCCAUGUGUGUUGAGAGCUUCUCUACGUACCCACCUCUUGGUCGCUUUGCUGUGCGUGACAUGAGGCAGACCGUUGCUGUUGGUGUCAUCAAGGCCGUUGAAAAGAAGGCUGCUGGUGCUGGCAAGGUCACAAAGUCUGCACAGAAGGCUGGCAAGACCAAGUGAAUUCUCAUUCCAGCUGUUCUAGAGGUUGUGGGGCAUCCUGUCUCACCACCUGAAUUUUUUCUAAACCUGGGCACUCUACUCAAGGACUGGCUAAUGUUGAUUAAGACUCAUCGUAAGAAUUUUCGCAGGAAAGGAAUCCAUUAUGGAUAACUGUUGUGGCUUCAUUGUUUGAAUAGCCUCUUUCAGUUGUUAAUUUGAGUUGAAGGGUUUAGAACUGCACCUGUUGCCACAGUUAUAUUGGAAAGCUGCUGAGUAACUAAUAAACUGAUUAAAAAAUUGCAA